AGGGCAAAAACGUAAAUUACACAUUAAACGGGCACAGUCCCUUCCCUUCCCAUUAAACUCCCAGACACGUUCUCUUCCACUAAAGGAAGUUUUCAGAACCAAUAAGAUGGGCGGAGGUGGAGCGGCUACGGCGGUUGCGGAGGCACAGUACUCGUUGGUCAAGACUUCGGUUUGGUGGGAUAUAGAGAACUGUCAAGUGCCCAAAGGGUGCGAUCCCCACGCCAUCGCGCAGAAUAUAAGCUCCGCUCUCAUUCGAAUGAAUUAUUGCGGCCCCGUUUCUAUCUCUGCUUACGGCGACACCACUGGCAUCACUGCCUCCGUUCAGCAUGCCCUCUCCAGCACCGGCAUCUCCCUCAACCAUGUCCCCGCCGGUGUUAAAGAUGCAAGUGACAAAAAGAUUCUUGUUGACAUGCUAUUCUGGGCUGUGGACAAUCCUGCACCUGCUAAUUACUUAUUAAUAUCUGGUGAUAGAGACUUUUCCAAUGCUCUUCAUCAGCUGCGGUUGAGGAGGUAUAAUAUUCUUCUUGCACAGCCUAAGAAAGCUUCUGCACCCCUAGUAGCAGCUGCCAAGAGUGUGUGGCUUUGGACCAGUCUCUUGGCCGGAGGACCUCCCCUUACUAAUGGUGAAUCACUACAACUUGGUAAUAAUGACAUCCAAUCCUCUUCUGACUCCGUACAAAGUCCAGUCCAUAAUGCCUUUCAGAUACCGCAGUAUCUGGAAUCCUAUUCAGAAGUUCAUACAGGAAAUCAGAAAUUCCCAGGUAAAGGAAGGCAACUUGAUUCUAGACAUCAUGGGAAGACAAAUGGGAGAAAGUCAAAUAAAUCAAAUGGACCCAAGGUCAAGAAGCCUCCAGUUGGACUUCAAGAAAAUGAUGGCAAUAUAAAUUCUCCUCCUCCUGGCAAUUAUACCCAUAAUGUUCCCCCAAGUGGUUCUACACCAAAUUUUACUCUUGGCAAUCCCGAUCAAAUGCGGGUUAAUAAUGGUAAUCUACAAGACAAUCAUCAAAAUCCACAUUCACAACCAUUAAGAUCAAAUCUUUUUCCUUUGGAGCCUCCUUUUUCACCGCCUUGGACUGGUGGGCUCAGCCUCUCUGCAGCACCACUUACGAAGGUACCAGAUACUGGUGAUAUUUCUGGAUAUCUUAGUAAUGCUCACGAUCUGCACCCUGUUAAUCAAUUGAACGGGAACUUGGAACGGAGUUCUUACAGUAAUUCUCCAAAUCCUGUUAAAUCUAUUGAUGAAGCAGAUGGGCACAUGAUACAGAACGCAGGAAAUUUGUAUAAUGGCUAUGCACAUAGUCCAGAACACCUUUCUUCAUCAUCAACAACCGCGUGUAAUAAUAAUCUUCCUGGUAAUGGUAUGUGGGGAUCUCCAGAAUCUCCUAAAUCUUCUGAAUACGUCCAAGAUCUUAUAGGGGUUGUUUUACUUGCCUUGAACACACUGAAAACUGAAAAAAUUAAGCCAACUGAGUCAAAUAUAACAGAUUGUAUUCGAUUUGGAGAUCCCAAGCAUCGCAAUACAGAUGUCAAGAAGGCUCUGGAGAUUGCUGUUGAGCAGCAGAUGGUAGCGAAGCAGAAUGUAGGUGCUUUGGAAUUGUUUGUUGGUAAGAAUGAUCAAGUUUGGAAGUGUGUAUGCACUCUGGGUGGUAAUCCUAAGAAGCACUCAAAAGAGACAUGGAACAAAAUAAAAAAAUUUCUAGGUACUUCUCCUGGAAGAUUGGCAAUAAUGAAUACCCAGUGCAAGUACGAAGCAGGUAUUGUGAUUAAGAAUAUGUGCUUGAAAGAUCAUGCUUUGGGUGAUGUCCUACAGAUUUUGAGUUUAGCGAUUUCCUAUAAAAAAUGGAUUGUGCAUCAACAAUUGGGCUGGCAACCAGUUAACAUCACCCUUGCUGAGAAAUGUGAUUCAGAGGUCAUAGCAUGCAAAUAACUCCAAAAGGCAUGUUUGCAAAAUGAAAAGUUACUAAAUAUAUUAGAAGCCAGUUUGAUUAGGACAUCAGAAGUUAUCUGAAUAAACCUCUCUUUCUACUGCUUAUCAAAGGUAGUUAGUAAUAAUGAGCUGUGGUAUACAAGUACCUUGAAUGCUAUAGCUUACAGAUAUGAUUACUGGUAAGGUUCUUCCGUUCUGUUGAAGGGACAAAAACUACAAACCAUAAAGUCUCUUCUGGUUGCUGCUGAGGUUACCCUCCUCUAAACUUUGGCUUCUACUUAUGUUGAUACCCAUAUUUUGUUUGGAUAUUGACUUAUUGAACCCAACCGUGGAUAAUGACCGAACUAUGCGUUGCUGGAAGUUUGUCGAGCUUCAGCAAACUACGUGAAUCUACUGUGUUGGUGUAUCACCUGAGAAACGGUCUAUCAAAUCAUAUUUAUUGUUCAGGGAAUAUGUGGAAUGCAAUUCAGAAACUGUUUUAUUUUUUA